UCUCAUUCAUCCAUUUUUCUUGAUUUUCCAUAAGCAUCCAAAACCAAAAUUUUUUUUUCUGUUUUCAUUCUCUCAGCUGAACCUAUUUUUGCCAAAUAUGGAAAACUUUUUGGGUUUGCUAAGAGUCAACGUCCUCAGAGGAAUAAACCUUGCUAAAAGAGAUACCAGAAGCAGCGAUCCUUACAUCAUUGUUAAGAUGGACAAUCAGAAACUGAAGACUAGUGUUGUGAAAAAGAAUGUCAAUCCUGAGUGGAAUGAAGAACUCACUUUAUCGAUUACUGAUCCAAAUCUUCCAAUCAAGCUGGAAGUUUAUGAUAGAGAUAAGUUCACUCCAGACGACAAGAUGGGAGAUGCAGAAUUUGACAUCAAAACAUUUGUCCAAGUUUUAAGGAUGCGCUUACAAAACAUUCCUAGUGGAACCGUAAUUACAAAAGUAAAACCAAACCGUCAAAACUGCCUAGCCGAAGAAAGCCCUAUUACUUGGGAAAAUGACAAAGUAAUCCAACAUAUGUUUUUGAGACUUAGAAAUGUCGAGUGCGGUGAAAUUGAACUCCAGUUGCAGUGGAUAGAAAUCCCAGGCUCCAGGGGUUUGUUGUGUGAUUCAUAGUUGUCAAGUUAUGUUGUACAGAACUAAUUGAUUUGUUUCUUAGUUAAAAUACUCGUAAAUCGAAGUCAGAUGCAGAAUCCAUUUUACGUUCUUCCUUGAAAAUUGUUAUCCAAGAGAAAGUUACAGUUGAUUUUACUUUCGUAAGGGUCUUGUGUAAGAAUGUAAAAUUGCCUUAUUGUCGAAUACUGUAAGUAUUGCAGAUUUCCAACUCUUCCAUGCAUCCUAUUUUGAUAUCCAAGUUUCUGACUUUCUUAAA